AAAAAUCUGCUUAUCUUUUAGGAAUAAAGGGUUGUGCCUGCCCCAGCAACUGUCAGUCACAGGCAGCGCAGCGUUGGGUCAAGCCGCAGCAGUCAGGAUGGCCGAUCUCAGGAUCCUCCUCCUGGUCAGCCUGCUCUCUCUGCCCCCGGGUCAAGGCGAGGGACCCUGUUUGGACGAGCUCUACGUUGAAGGAUGCCCAAGUUAUCUAUUCCAAGCAAUCGGUUUAUAUUUGGACACGAACCGAACCGUAUUCAUAGAACCGAGGGAAAUCUCCGAAAUAAUUAUAAGGAGCGGGGGAUAUCAGCCAGUCAACAUCACGACGCGGCACCAGAUCCGCCUGUGGGGGAACGGGUCCAAGGUCUGUGUUGAUGGCCCCGGAAUUCAAACAAAAAAAUGGAUCUUCAAUGAUUAUCUUGAGAUAGAGUCAAGCAAUCCUCUUUGGUUUACACUCGACUGCAUCAGUGCUUCCCACAGCUGUCGCUUCCACCGUCUCGUUAAAGUGGUUUUCGUUCCCGACGAGAAUGGCCUGGUGACCUGGAGGCCGGAGGCCCAUUUAUUCGAGUUAAAAGUAGGAGUUCUGGGUCGCACUGGACGAAUCGCCCCCGUACAACCAGCCAAUGGACAACAUUCUUAUAACAUCACAAUCCACGGGUCGUCUGCGGGACCCUCGUGUGGCAUCAGCUGCCCUUCCCUGAACCUGAACUUCAUGAGCGCGAAAGUCUGCGGACAACCCAUGUUCAUCAGUGCAAACUACGUCGGAUAUUAUACAUGGAGUUACUUCGACUUCUCUGCCCUGGUCUCUAGGCACACAGCGAGUGGUCCGCCGGAAGACGUCCCCACUGCACUCGCCAGCCCAAGCAGCAUCUCAACGGUCGACGGGGAUAAAACCAGUAAGACCUUUCCCUUACUCGUGUGCGCCAGAGAAGGUAUGUUGAGGAGACCGGCCAAGGGUAUCUUUGGUUUUGAAUGUGACUUGGGUUGCUGGCAAAACCCAACUGUCGUUGCGUAGACCGGCCAAGGGUACCUCGUUUUUAAGUGACUCUGACGAAGGCGAAAUCCAACCGUUGUUCCACGAAACCGCCUACCACCGUGGACAUCUGCGUGGCCUCCCCUCUCUCUUGGGUUUGGGCCCAGAAUGGCGUUCGAUUUCCAAUCGAGGUUCAUAAAAAGGUUAAAAGUAAUAAUACAAGGGACUUUUCCUUCUUUUUUACGGAAUGGCACUUUAUUGAGGUUGAGGAAUGCACACGGUCCCCAUAUGGUACUUUUUCUUCUUUUUGAGGGUGUUUGGAAAUAUAUUGACGCAGAAUUGUAUUUCCGUUCAUUAUUUCUGAGGUAAGAGAAUGUGAAGGGGAUUUUUGAGUGAACAUCAGCCAGUGUUUGCAAUGUUUGCCUCGGCUUCGUGUGUGGAAAGGGCCACCUACAGCCCUCCAGCAUCUCCGAGCUUGCAAGUUCGUCGGCAGUAAGAUCGAUAAUCCUUUCUCUCAGUAGAUCUACAUUUUUUUAUUCAGAUUUCAGAUUUUCAGGUUCUGCGCCUCCCUUAGGCAAAGUCUACAGAUUUUGCGAUGUCUCGGCUUGGAUUCCUGGUCGCAGCCAAAAGAAAUAUAUCCUCUCCGUCCAGAGUUCCUUUUUAGGAUUUCAUUCGCCAACAGCUCAUAGGAUCUGAGCCACUCCCAAAUCUGCGCCGAGAUACACCCGCUGAAUGAAAGCCAACGCCCGCGGCACUGGAGAUGGAGACGAUUUCCUGAGGUGCGCAUUCAGUCGUCAGCACGGAGGCGCAGAGGCAGUCACGGGGCGGGAAGUCCUCUGCGAAACGAAGACCCAGUCAGGGAACGUCAAGUGAUGUCACAGGAUGUCCCGAGAAGGUCAUCACAAGUGGACGACUCUACACACUCUUCGUCGCGCCAUGACCUCGGGGACUGGCUCUGUUAGGGACAUCUGGAGAGGUUUUUUCCACUCGCCGGCCAAAGGUUGCUUGGAGGCGACUGGAAUCUGCAACGCGACGCAGGUUCCCGCCACCUCCUUGCCACUGUGGCCGCGGAGUUUUUUUCCCUGUCCAGCGGAGUUUUUUCCCUGUCCAGCGGCCAGAUCGGCACCAACACGAGGCGCUGCGUCGUUGCCAUGAAAGCUCGGGAAACAGCACAGAUAUUUCGAAUGCUGCGUUCCGUUGAUUUGUUGCCUUCUCCGUCCUAAUUAAGUAAACGGCACUAAUGGCGCUUUACUUAAUUAUGAUGCUUAUUUCAUGCGUGGUCCUCUGUUAUAUGCGAUACCAUAUCGUCGCUAUGUGUCACUAAUGGAUCAUCCGCCAUCAGUCUUCAAGAAACGAGCAAUAAAUGUGGCUUCACGCA